AUCUAGUCUAGCGUGGGCUUUCAGUUGGACGGAUAGUAAUCACACGGACGUCGGUUGCUUUGCCUGAUCCUGACAUGGACAGCUACAAAAGAAAUCCAAUAAAACCAUGGAAAAAGGGCCCUGCAAGAGGGAAAGGGGGCCCACAGAACGCGUUAUGUGAAUACCGAGGCGUUCGACAACGAACAUGGGGAAAAUGGGUGGCAGAAAUCAGAGAGCCUAAGAAGAGGACAAGGCUGUGGUUGGGAUCUUUUGCUACAGCUGAAGAAGCUGCUAUGGCUUAUGAUGAAGCAGCAAGGAGAUUAUAUGGACCAGAUGCUUAUCUUAAUUUACCUCACAUGAGAGCUAAUUUCAAUCCAUUGAACAAAUCGCAAAAGUUCAAAUGGUUUUCUUCAAGCACCAACUUUGUUUCAUCAUUCCCUAAUAGUACUGGCUUGCUCAACUUAAGUGCUCAACCUAAUGUUCAUGUAAUUCACCAAAGACUUCAAGAACUCAAGAGAACAGAGGCGGCAGCAUCAUCUUCGAGUACUUCAUCAAUCAGCGAUCCCAACAAUGAAAUUCAAAACUAUAGUAAACAACCUCAUUUAACAAUUCCGCAAGUGAAGGAGAAGGAAGUUGAAUUCUCAUCACACAACAAAGUAGCAGUUCGUCAUGAUCAAGAGAAGCCUCAGCUUGAUCUGAAUGAAUUUCUUCAACAGAUUGGAAUACUGAAAAGAGAUGAUCAGCCUGAUAAAAGUCAAGAUUGUUUCACAGAGUCAGGAGUUUCGCUGAAGGACAAUAAUUUGUUUGCUGAUACAAGUUAUGAUUGGGACACAUUGGGUGAAAUAACAGGGGUAGAAGAUCAUGAGGAAGCAGCAGAGGCUAGUAGCUUUGUUGAUGCUUAUAAUGUGAAUGAUGAGCUUAUGUUUCCCUCUUCAAUAUGGAACUUUUGAAUAGUUGAAUUAUUUUUCGGGGGGAAUUUCAAACCACAUCAGGGCAAUUCCUUGUUCUAUAGGGGUUGAGUUCGGUAAACUACAUAUAUAAUUGAUUUAAGAGGAUAUCUUUUUUAUGUUAGCAGAAGAUAUAGGUAUAGACAUAUCGCCAUAGUAUUUAUACGUACUAAAACUCUCCUUGAUACUAAUUCUUGAAAGAAUUUAUCUUAUAUAAACUGAAUCAUGUGAAGAAUCUUUUACAUGGUCUAUUUAUUUUAUCAUAUUAUAAAAGGUUAUUUAGACAAUCACAAACCGAGAUGACAUAAUAACAGUUAAUUAUUUUCCGUCUAGUACAAAAAUAAAAUGCCAGGUCAAAGAAUUUCCGACAAAUAGAUCUUUGUUAUUGUAUUUCAAACAAGGUAGGAAACCAAUAAAAGUAGUUCAAAAUAGAGCGCCCUCUAUCACGUGGAACUCAAAUUAACCAUGGGAAUUAAGUUCAUGUUCUUCAAUUCGACUGUUGAAUGAUGCUCCGCUCCAUCCAUCUCAAAAAUAAAGAUACUAUCACUAUUAGCAAGUCAACAAUUUUAUUUCACUACAAAAUUUUCUAACCUCUCUAAAUUUUUUUUACCAUAAAAUAAAUUAAUUUAUAGUUUCAACUACAAGAUUAUAUUCAGAAAGUUUAAAGAAACCAAUGUCUGAGGCCACACCAAUAUUACAUGCAUUAACCUCCAAACUUUGAACCCUGACAUUACAUAGUAUACUGUUUACC